CAUUCCGCCACGCUAGAUCGGGCACCGGAACGCCCCGACCCGCUUUCCCCUCUCUCCUCGUCCUCCCAUUUCCCUUUCCCACGCAGGAGAGGGGCGACGACGCGACCCGACACGAGCUAGGGUUCCGGCGAGCCCCCCCGCCCCGAUCCGACGGCCGCGGCGGCGGCGAUGACGACGCACGAGCGGAAGACCGUCGAUCUGGAGGAGGGCUGGGCCUUCAUGCAGAAGGGCAUCACCAAGCUCAAGAACAUCCUCGAGGGCAAGCCGGAGCCGCAGUUCAGCUCCGAGGACUACAUGAUGCUCUACACGACGAUAUACAACAUGUGCACGCAGAAGCCCCCGCACGACUACUCGCAGCAGCUCUACGACAAGUACCGCGAGUCCUUCGAGGAGUACAUCUCCUCCAUGGUCUUACCUUCAUUAAGAGAGAAGCAUGACGAGUUUAUGUUGAGGGAGCUAGUAAAGAGGUGGUCAAACCACAAAGUGAUGGUUCGGUGGCUAUCACGGUUCUUCCAUUACCUUGAUCGAUAUUUCAUUUCACGGAGAUCGCUUCCAGCAUUGAGAGAAGUUGGGCUCAGUUGCUUCCGAGAUUUGGUAUAUCAAGAAAUCAAAGGGAAAGUAAAAAGUGCAGUCAUUUCCUUGAUAGACCAAGAACGUGAGGGUGAACAAAUUGACAGGGCUCUGUUAAAGAAUGUCUUGGAUAUAUUUGUUGAGAUUGGCUUAGGCAGUAUGGAAUGUUACGAGAAUGAUUUUGAAGAUUUCUUGCUGAAGGAUACUGCAGAUUACUACUCUAUCAAGGCCCAAACCUGGAUUGUGGAAGACUCUUGUCCUGACUAUAUGUUAAAGGCCGAGGAGUGCUUGAAGAGGGAGAAGGAACGAGUUGCUCAUUAUUUGCAUUCUAGUAGUGAACCGAAGUUAUUGGAGAAAGUGCAACAUGAAUUGUUAACGCAGUAUGCAAGCCAACUUUUGGAGAAGGAGCAUUCUGGGUGCCAUGCAUUACUUCGUGACGACAAGGUUGAGGAUCUCUCAAGGAUGUACAGGCUCUUUUCUAGAAUAACUCGUGGCCUAGAACCUGUUUCUCAAAUUUUUAAGCAGCAUGUUACCAACGAGGGGACAGCAUUGGUGAAACAAGCAGAAGAUGCUGCUAGUAAUAAGAAGCCAGAGAAGAAGGACAUUGUUGGUUUGCAGGAACAGGUUUUUGUCCGGAAAAUCAUUGAGCUCCAUGACAAGUAUGUAGCAUACGUCACUGACUGUUUCCAGGGGCAUACUCUCUUCCAUAAGGCGCUUAAAGAGGCUUUUGAAGUGUUCUGCAACAAAGGUGUCUCUGGUAGUUCAAGUGCUGAAUUGCUUGCCACCUUCUGUGAUAAUAUUUUAAAGAAAGGCGGCAGUGAAAAGCUCAGUGAUGAAGCUAUUGAGGAUACCCUGGAGAAGGUAGUGAGAUUACUCGCCUACAUCAGUGAUAAGGACCUUUUUGCUGAGUUUUACAGGAAGAAGCUGGCUAGGAGAUUGCUAUUUGACAAGAGUGCUAAUGAUGAGCAUGAAAGAAGCAUUCUGACCAAGCUAAAACAACAGUGUGGUGGCCAAUUUACUUCAAAAAUGGAGGGCAUGGUCACCGACCUUACUGUUGCAAGAGAUCAUCAAACUAAGUUUGAAGAGUUCAUAAGCACACACCCUGAAUUGAAUCCUGGGAUAGACUUGGCGGUCACUGUUCUGACAACAGGAUUUUGGCCAACUUAUAAAUCAUUCGAUAUAAACCUUCCUGCUGAGAUGGUGAGAUGUGUCGAGGUUUUCAAAGAGUUUUAUCAAACAAGAACUAAGCAUAGAAAACUUACAUGGAUAUAUUCCUUGGGAAUCUGCCAUAUCACCGCAAAGUUUGAGGCCAAGACUAUCGAGCUCAUUGUUACAACUUACCAGGCUGCAUUGUUGCUACUGUUCAAUGGAGCUGAUAAACUUAGUUAUUCUGAGAUAGUAACGCAACUGAACCUGUCAGAUGACGAUGUAGUGAGGUUGCUCCAUUCCCUCUCUUGUGCGAAAUACAAGAUUCUUACUAAAGAACCAAGUAACAGGUCUAUUUCUCCUAAUGAUGUAUUUGAAUUUAAUUCAAAAUUUACUGACAAGAUGAGGAGAAUUAAGAUACCUCUGCCUCCAGUUGAUGAGAAAAAGAAGGUUGUUGAAGAUGUUGACAAGGAUCGAAGAUACGCAAUUGAUGCAUCAAUUGUUCGUAUUAUGAAGAGCCGCAAAGUCUUGGGUCACCAGACACUAGUAAUGGAGUGUGUGGAGCAGCUUGGUCGCAUGUUCAAGCCUGACUUCAAAGCAAUAAAGAAGCGCAUUGAGGAUCUUAUAACCAGGGAUUACCUGGAGAGGGACAAGGAGAACCCGAACGUCUACCGAUACUUGGCUUGAUCAUCGGUUCUGCAUGCUGGGUUCGGUAACAUCUGGUGUGUAUGCCUACCAAGCUACUGCUAUUUAAGGAUGCUAUAUUUUGUGCCAUGGCACACUGCACACCGCAUUGGCUUCUCCAGAUGGAUACCCUGGUGCCGCUGUCGAUUGCUCUUGCUGGUGGCACCGACAUCUGUUGUCACUUGUACAUGAAGGUCGUCAGAUCCAGUUCCUUGGCCUAUCUAUGGUAGAACUGCCCAGGUAAAACUGGUGGUUCAUCAGGGCAGGCCUUGGUAAAUGUUGUACACUAAAUGUACUAUCGGUUGUUGUUGAGUUUGUUCGAUUGUAUUGUCAAUAUAGUUUUUUUUCCUGUAAUAUCCUUGCGCCACAAAGACAAUUCAAAGGAAUAUAUCUCUUGCCAGACCA